GACUGGCGUAAGGAUCCGCGAGAUCCUUAAACCGGAUUGGUCGGCGUGGGAUCUCGCGGCAGCCCUUAUAGAUCGGCAAAACGGAUCUGCGAUUCAAACGUACGUUGACUUGAAACUCGUAAGACCAUAGCCAAACGGACCGCUCUGGAAAGUGUCGAGAAGAUGUUUUGGUGUUUCAGUCUUGUGAGCUUUCUUCUUCUCGGAGAUACAUACGGCGAUGUUUCCAAGAGCAGAAUACGACGCCAGAGCUUACCGCAAAACGGUCAACUAAUAGACAACAUUUUUAACAUUCCGAUCACGGCGAUUAAGCAAACCGCCGCCGUCGCCCAGACUUUCUCGCCGGAGAACACGCAAACGAUAGACUCUGUUUUUAAGAUCCCCGUCUCGACGCUAGAAGCUGUCGGCACGCUCGUGAAGUCAACGGCGGAGCGGAGGCAACAAAAUGCGGACAAUAUACAAAGGAAUCGUCAAGAGCGAAGAGAUCGACUACAGGGUAGAAAGGAGCAGAAAUGGAAGCGAAAGGAGGAGCUGCAGGAUCAACGAUUUUCACAGCAACAAUUGAAGAGAAUUGUCAGGCAUCAUAAAGAUCCAUUCGGAUUGGACGCGUUAAGCGAUCUUUUGGUUGGACACCACGGCCUUCUUAGUGGACACCACGACUCUUUCAGUGGGCAUCACGGUGCACAUCACGGUGCACAUCACGGUGCACAUCACGGUGCACAUCACGAUGGUGGACUUUUGGGACAUCACGGUGCACAUCACGGCGGCCACGGACAUCGCAAAGGUCAUGGCUCUCACGGCGGACAUGGAAAUCAACCGCAAAAUACCUACGAGGUCCAUGAAAACCUCAAUGAAGACACAUCUUUCUCUUGGCACGGCUUGACCGCCGGGUUCGGCAGUUUCCACGGCACACGACCUUCCAGUACCAUUAUCAAAAUCGAUAACAAAGUGGCCCCAAAAGAGGAAAAAGGGACAACAUUCAAAUAUUCGAACGAUGACGUAAAUCCUUACAACAAAGUCUCCAAGAUUAAAAAUAAGACGGGGCGCGCGGGCGGGGACGGAGACAACUAUCCACCGUUAGAAAAUAAAAUCGCACCGAGAACUGGAAAAGUGACAUUUGUAUAAUAGUAAUGUAAAUAUAUGUGAAGUAAUACUAGGUGUAAUGUUUAUGUUUUAUGUUAUAUUCACUGACAAAUUCUCGUUAUUUUAAUGUCUAAUGAAUUUUACACUCUGUACUUGCCUUCACUAAAGAAAUCUAAAAAAAAUAUAUAUACAUACAUAUUUUAUAUUUAAUUGUAAGUGUGCGGAUAUGUAUACGUCAGAGAGAGAUAAAGAAAGACAAACAGAAUUAAAUAGUCACAAAAUUGAAA